AUGAACGUUAAAUGUAACACGGCGACCCAUCAGCCAUCACAACAUCCACACGUCAAAUUCCCUGUAGUUGCAUCACGGGCGCGCGCAACAUCGGCACCCCUCACUGCAAAGAACUGGACGGACGGUUGUCACCAUCCCCCAUUAGCUCAUGAACACAUCACAAUGAUGUGUGUCUAUUGUGCGCACACAUUCAUUACACACGCCUGUCUCCCGCUCCUCUCUUUGUGUGUAUUGGAUCCGUGGCGCAUAUCAAAAAACACACGAGUGACCCAAUCGGAAAUAGAACCUCCAAACACCACGAGAUCACAGACACCAUCAGGUGAGCAACCGCAGGCCAAAUGA